GUGCUCAGUCAGUGAGCCUUCUCUGCCUCGCUCCUCUCAGCCUCUGCGCCCUUCUGACUUGAGUAACCCUCUCUUCCUGGAGGCCUUUACUCAGGUGCCUCUUCCUCCAGAUGCUAACACCUGCCCUCUGCCUGGGUUUCCCCAUCUACCCCUGGCCCCCAUGUGUGAAGACAACCUCAGCUCAGAUGUCCUUACACAGACACCGUCUACCUGUUUAUUUAUUCUCGAGAGGGUCUAUCACUGGCUUGGAACUCUCCUAGCAGGCAUCCGCCCACCUCCAGCCUUCUCAGCCCCCCGGACAACAAGCCCCUGCCACUCUGUGCAUUUUUUUAAUCCAGGUUUUGUGGAACAAACCUUAAGCACGUUACUAACAGAGCUAUCCCCCAGUCUCCGAUGCCCUCUUCCCAUGCUCAUGGCCUUUAGCAGCCUGUCCGCUUUCUCUGAGAACGAGAUUGCAUGCAAGGCAGCUUCCUCAACACCCAGAAAAAUGGCAGGUAUGUCGAAGGCGCCCCAUAAAUGCAUGCCGGAUGCUGUGUCCUUGGGGCUUUGCUGGGGCCCCCAGCAUCUGGGACUUUCAUUACAUCUUAGGAUUCGGAAAACUAUCCGCCUGUAGGAAUUUUUUUUUUAAUUAAGAUUUUUAUCGUUGCCACUCCCUUCCCCCUUCCAGUUCAUUUAAGACUGUUAUGAAACAAAACUCAUUAUGCCUCAGAAUCUGACAGAGCGAAGGCCCCAGGGAGAGAGAGAGGAGGAGGAGGCGGCGGCUUCAGGAGCUCCCGUCCCACCCCCUUCCUCGGUUUUGUCCUGUGCUCUGCUCAUUCGGGAUGGCCUGCAGCCUGCACAGUUGGGACCCAGGUCUCUUCUCCCCCCCUGCCCAGCAGCAUGAGAGCAGCAUGACUGGCCAGCCGCAGGAGAAGCCCCCAGAGCCAGGCCCCCGACGCAGCCACCCGCUACCAAGGUCAAGGCGUGAAGGCGUUUGCACCACGGUGCCGUCUGGUCCGUACCUCAGCCCGGGUGAGGAUGUAGACGACGAGACUCUGCAGAUGCGUGGUUCAAGCCAGCGGGAGCCCCUGCCUCCGGCCACCCUCACAGACAUGUCAGCCGUGGAGUAGGGCGGACCCUUUCUCUCAUCUUCUCAGGGCUUCAGGAUUUUUGAAUUCUCUUCAUUUUCUAUUUUUUUUUCACUCUCUCUCUUUUGUGGCCAAACGUUCAUAACCAAGGCGGACACCAUGGGGGACCAGCAGCUCUACAAGACCAACCACGUGGCCCACGGGGGCGAGAACCUCUUCUAUCAACAGCCCCCCCUCGGUGUCCACGGCGGGCUGAACCACAGCUACGGGAGUACCAUCUCGGGGGCUGGCAUGGACGCCCCACAGGCCUCGCCCCUCUCGCCUCACUUCCCUCAAGAUACUCGGGAUGGCCUGGGCUUGCCCCUCGGCUCCAAGAACCUUGGCCAAAUGGACACCUCCAGGCAGGGAGGGUGGGGGAGCCACGCAGGGCCUGGGAACCACGUCCAGCUUCGGAGCAAUUUGGCCAACUCGAACAUGAUGUGGGGGGCGCCGGGCCAGGUGGAGCCCAGUGAGGGCUACCAGUACACCUAUUCCCAGGCCAGCGAGAUCCGGACCCAGAAGCUCACCAGUGGUGUUUUACACAAGCUGGACUCUUUCACCCAGGUGUUCGCCAACCAAAACCUGCGAAUCCAGGUCAACAACAUGGCCCAGCUGCUGCACACCCAGUCCGCGGUGAUGGACGGAGCCUCCGACAGUGCCCUCCGUCAGCUGCUCUCUCAAAAGCCCGUGGAGCCCUCGGCGUCGGCCAUAGCCUCCCGCUACCAGCAGGUACCCCAGCAGCCUCACCCUGGCUUCACAGGGGGGCUGCCCAAACCGGCCCUCCCCGUCGGGCAGCACGCUCCCCAAGGGCACCUGUACUAUGACUACCAGCAGCCCCUGGCCCAGAUGUCAAUGCCAGGAGGACAGGCCCUGCAGGCCCCCCAGGUGCUGCCCAGCCCUAUGCAGCCUCUGCAGCAGCACCAGUAUUACCCACAGCCGCCGCCCCAGCAGCAGCAAGCCGGGCUGCAGCGGAUCUCCGUGCAAGAGAUGCAGCAGCAGCAGCAGCAGCAGCAGCAGCAGAUUCGCCCCUCCCAGCCUCCGCAGCAGCAGCAGCAGCAGCAGCAGCAGCAGCAGCAGCUCCAACUGCAGCAGCGGCAGGCUUCACUGCAGAUACCUCAGUAUUAUCAGCCCCAACUCAUGACGCAACACUUGCAAGAGCAGCAGCAGCAGCCCUCCAUGCACCUGCAGCCCGCUUCCUACCACAGGGACCCCCAUCAGUAUGCCCCGGAGCAGGCGCACGCUGUCCAGCUGAUCCAGCUGGGCUCCAUGCCUCAGUAUUACUAUCAGGAGCCCCAGCAGAGCUACGGCCACCCCCUCUACCAGCAGAGCCACCUGCCCCCGCCCCAGCAGCGUGAGGACAGUCAGCUGAAGACGUAUUCUAGUGACAGGCAGACUCCGGCUAUGCUGAGCUCCCACGGGGACAUGGGGCCUCCUGACACGGGGGUGGCGGACCCGGCCAGCUCAGAGAUGACCCGGGUCGGCAGCACCCUUCCUCACCAGCCGCUCCUGUCCCCCAGCGGCAUCCACCUCAACAGCAUGAGGCCUCAGCAUCAGCAGCCGUCUCCCAGCUCGCUGUGGCCCCAGAUGCACCUACCUGAUGGGAGAGCCCAGCCAGGGUCCCCGGAAUCGAGCAGUGGCCAAACCAAAGGAGCGUUUGGGGAACAGUUCGAUGCCAAGAACAAGCUGACGUGCUCCAUCUGCCUGAAGGAGUUCAAAAGCCUGCCUGCCCUGAAUGGCCACAUGCGAUCCCACGGGGGAAUGAGGGCCUCCCCCAGCCUCAAACAGGAGGAAGGAGAGAAGGCCCCACCGCCUCAGCCUCAGCCUCAGCCCCAGCCGCCACUGCCACCUCCGCCUCCACCGCCACCGCAGCUCCCUCCUGAGGCAGAACGCCUCACGCCUAUGGUCAUGCCCGUGUCUGUCCCUGUCAAGCUUCUCCCGCCCAAGCCCAGCUCUCAGGGCUUCACCAACAGCGUCGCUGCCACCCCCGCGGCCAGAGACAAGCCAGCCAGCUCGAUGUCGGACGACGAGAUGCCUGUGCUCGUGAGGAUGAGCCUCUCCCCCCCUCACUCUCCCCAAGGGGCUGCCCCCCGUGCGCCUGCUGAAAUCCCCCGGAAACAUCAUCCACCCGUCGCCGCCAAAGUUGAGGAGCCCCUCAAGACCCUACCGGAGAAGAAGAAGUUCCGGCACCGGCCCGAGCCCCUCUUCAUCCCGCCGCCGCCUUCUUCCUACACUCCCACCUCCUACUCGGGGGCCACCCUGUACCAGAGCCAGCUACGCUCCCCACGCAUCCUCGGGGACCACCUGCUCCUGGACCCCACCCACGAGCUGCCCCCCUACACGCCGCCACCCAUGCUGAGCCCUGUGCGCCAGGGCUCAGGGCUCUUCAGCAAUGUCCUCAUCUCGGGCCACGGCCCUGGAGUGCACCCCCAGCUGCCCCUCACUCCCCUCACGCCCACGCCACGAGUGCUGCUGUGCCGCUCCAGCAGCAUCGAUGGCAACAAUGUGACAGUCACCCCAGGACCUGGAGAGCAGACUGUGGAUGUUGAACCACGGAUCAACAUUGGCUUAAGAUUCCAAGCAGAGAUCCCAGAACUGCAAGAUGUCUCCUCCCUGGCUCAGGACACACACAAGGCCACACUGGUGUGGAAGCCGUGGCCUGAGCUGGAAAACCAGGCCCUCCAGCAACAAGUGGAGAAUCUUCUGAAUUUGUGUUGUUCCAGUGCACUGCCAGGUGGAGGGACCAACUCGGAAUUUGCUUUGCACUCUCUCUUUGAGGCCAAAGGUGAUGUGAUGGCUACUCUGGAAAUGUUGCUGCUGCGGAAGCCAGUCAGGUUAAAAUGUCAUCCUCUAGCCAAUUACCACUACGCCGGUUCUGACAAGUGGACGUCUCUAGAAAGAAAACUGUUUAAUAAAGCACUGGCCACUUACAGCAAAGACUUUAUUUUUGUACAGAAGAUGGUAAAGUCCAAGACGGUGGCUCAGUGCGUGGAGUACUACUACACCUGGAAGAAGAUAAUGCGGCUAGGGCGGAAGCACCGGACACGCCUGGCGGAAAUCAUUGAUGACUGCAUGACAAGUGAAGAGGAAGAGGAGGCCGAGGAAGAGGAAGAGGACCCAGAGGAAGAUAGGAAAUCCAUAAAAGAGGAGGAGACUGAAGUGCCCAAGUCGCCAGAGCCACCGCCUGCCCCUGCCCUGGCUCCCGCUGAGGGCCCACCCAUGCAGGCCGCUGGCCAAGCGUCAGGCUCCUUCAUCUGUGAAAUGCCCAACUGUGGGGCUGACUGUAGAUGUCAUGUCACUGCAUUUCUUCCCCAGGUGUUCAGCUCCCGGCAGGCACUGAACGGCCACGCCCGCAUCCAUGGUGGCACCAACCAGGUGACCAAGACCCGAGGUGCUGUCCCCUCUGGGAAGCAGAAGCCAGGCGGCAACCAGAGUGGGUACUGCUCGGUAAAGAGUUCACCGUCUCACAGCACCACCAGCGGGGAGACAGACCCCACCACCAUCUUCCCCUGCAAGGAGUGUGGCAAGGUCUUCUUCAAGAUCAAAAGCCGGAAUGCGCACAUGAAGACCCACCGGCAGCAGGAGGAGCAGCAGAGGCAGAAGGCUCAGAAGGCAGCUUUUGCAGCAGAAAUGGCAGCCACCAUUGAGAGGACUACGGGGCCGGUGGGGGCACCUGAGCUGCUGCCCCUGGACCAGCUGAGUCUGAUGAAGCCGGUCAAGGAUGUGGACAUCCUGGAGGACGACGUGGUCCAGCAGUUAGGUGUCAUGGACGAGGCCGAGGUGGUGGGCACAGAUCUUCUCUUGGAUGAACAAGAUUCGGUCUUGCUUCAAGGUGAUACGGAACUCUGAGUCCCCGUCCAUCACCCAGAGACACAGAAGCCACACUCCACCUCCACCCUCAGGAGAACCAGGACUUCCUGCUCCUUUGAAACCCUUUUAAACGACCUGUUUAAAAAGUGGUCCUUUUCUUCAGGUUAAGGGAGGGGAAAAAUCCAGUUCUUUCUCUUUUACCUUCUUUUACAUUGUUUUUGUUGGGGGUUGGGGGGGAAUAAAAAAUUGGCACAACUGUCUUUAAGAGGUGUCUCAUCUGGGCUGUGUUCUCGUGGGGCCCUUUCCCUCCAGAGUGAGCCUCACAUUCGUGUUGCUUUGCUUUCAAAUGUCAGCCACCCUGGUUGCCUUUUGUCUCCAAACUUGCUUGCUGUGAAUAUGUGUCAGUGUGUGUGUGUGUGUGUGUAUGUGUGUGUGUGUGUGUGUGUGUAGGAAGCAGUUUACCCCAUUCAUGCUGGGACUUUAGGCCAUGUUUCCCCACCAAGAAUUAUUUUUAUUCUGUUCUGACCUGCCAGAAAGCAUUCUCUCACAGGUCAGAAGAACCUGUGUCUGUCUGUCUUUCUUCCUUCUUUCCUUUCUCUCUUUUUCCUUUUUUUUUUUUUUUUCAACAUGGUUCAUGGCCAGUGGAGUUCUGAACUUACUUUGCACCACUUGAACAUACUGUGAAACCUUUUUUCACUCUGAUUUGCUCUAACUUGUGUGUGCGGGACUGAGGUUUGCCUAGAUGUUAGCUACAAAGAGAUAGGGUUUUCUAACACAUAGAGAUAGCAGAUGCAAUGGGAACUGCUUUGAAAACCAACAAAAAUGUUUUCAGAUCGAAGUUCGCUACAGUGCUUGCAUUCAGACAAUGAAUGUAUUCGUUCCAAGUCACUUACCAAAGCAAUCCUGGACUUCUCUAAGCUACAUGACUUUGCUCUGCCCCUGACAGCAGGGGGCGCCAAUUGUACUUGAAGGCAAUAAACCUGUAAUCCUUCAAAACUGUCAUUGCCCAGGCUUUUGUGCUCAGUUGGGCUGACUCCCUCCCACUGUUAGGGCACAGACAGACUGGAACGCUGCCCCUGGCAUGGAGGAGGGCAGUCAGCCUCCCCUCUGUGGCCUCCAGGCCAGGUGUCUUCAGGUCUUGACCCCUCCUUGAGUAGACUAGCUCCCCAUCUCUGUGUAAGUACAGCUGUCGCGCUGGACCACUGUGCCGGCCCAUGAUCAGCUCGGCAUUGGAGAGCAUCCUAGCAGAGGAGUGGGGCUGGACUCCCUUCACGGUGGAUUCUACAAAACCAUUUGGCAUAUACUGGUGGCCAGGGCACCGUGGCCCACCACAGCCCUCACUCAGGCAGUGGCUUCUGAGUUCAGGAGAGCCACAAGGGGAAGACUAUUUACAAAGAUUCUUUUCCUUUCCAUCACUGUUUUUUAGAAGCAUCUUGAGGUCCUUUCGAGGUGGGAACGGGGUGGGGGGGUAUGUUUUCCUUGCUAUCUUUUCAAAGGGUUGUCUCUAGCCUGUCAUUGCCCUCAGAAGGGUUGAGUUCAAAACUGCAUGAGCUUCCUUUCCGGGUGCCACUCUUCAGCGGACCGCAGGGCCCUGUCUGUCUUUGUGUCUGUUUAGCUACAGAAAAGAGCAAAUGCCCAGAGAACUCCAGGAGGUCCGUGUCCUCCUUUCGCUUGGGGAUUUGCCCAGUCGGAAAUCUUAGGAAUAAACUGACCUGCCACCGCCAAUAUCCAAUGCACAAUUAAUUUUGAUUUUUCAUGCAGUAUAGCAUAAGGAAUAUUUUGAGUUGAAAGAACCAAAGAACUCCUCCUUAAUGACAGUUCAGAUAUCUUGAGUUUGUAUUUCCCAACUAUCAACUUAAAGUUUAAUUGACUUCCUAUUAAAAAUUGCACUUUUUCCCCCCCCGGAAAUGAUUCUACCUGCAUGUGCGUGUUGUGUUUUAGCUGCCCCCACCCCACCCCCUUCCCAAUGGUUGAUGUCUUCUUCACACGGCUCCCACUGACUCGAUGGUUUUUCAGUAAUGAAUUUAGACUCCCUUUGAGAAAGCUUGUAUAUAAAAAGUUAACAGAUCUAUUUUAUGGAAAAACCCAUCUUAUUUUCAAAUAUAUUUAACUGCUGUUAUAUUUUAUUAGAGGAAGGUUGUAAAUAUUUUCUAGGAGUUCUAUUGUAAAGAAAAGUAUUUUUGAAGAAAAUUAAUGUAAUAAAAAGGAAAACGUUUUUAAA